AUGGAAAGAAAAAACAUUCGAGUAAAAAAACACCAAUUCAGGCUACUGAGCCAAGAGAUGGAAAACAAUCCUUCUCUAAAUGCGAAUAAACUCACUGGCAAAUAUACUGCUCUAGAUCGCGCGAGAGAUUGGAAUGUUUUGGCAGAAAAACUGAAUGCUGCGGGAGGAGCGAUAAAAAAUGUAAAAGCUUGGCAAAAGUGCUGGUCCGAUCACAAAAGUUCCGUGAAGGCUCGGAACUUGGCGCUGUUGAAAGAAAGGAGAAAAACAGGCGGGGGUGAAUGUGCGGAGAAGGAGUUAUCCCCUGAAGAAGAAAGGGUGCUUGCCCUAAUUGGGCAGGAUGCAAUACACGGGCUUCCCGUCCCAGAAAGUCAAAGCUUACCUCAGAUGGGAACAAUGAGCAGCCUUAAAAAGUCUCAUUCAUUAUCUCGGCAUUCUGUAGAUUCAGUCAAACAGCAUUCAUCUUCAAGGCAUUCCGAGGAUUCUGUUAAACAUCAACCUAAUACAAGAUCAACAACACCAAAAAGCUCAGCUUCAACUUAUUCUGCAUAA